UGGCCACACCGUUUUUGUCUGCUUCUUUCCGCUGUUCGUCUUUUGUGUCGCGUUUAUUAAUGUGAAAAGAAAAACACUUUUGCAACGGUUACGGUCAGCAAAAACAGUGUAACACAUCGCGAUCUCGAAGUGCACAAGAUGCAGACGGGCCAGCGUUAGAACGGAACCGCACUUUACCCGAUUUCCGUCGCAAAAGAGUUCAAAGUGCUGAGUGCGAGGCGACGGCGAGCAGCCAACGUUGGCAGCACAGCCCCAAUAUCGUUUAUUAUUAAACAACAGCAGCAGCCGUAGCAGCAGCGGAAGAACCACUAGAAACAUGUACAACAACGGGGCCCGGGGCUUCUCCAUACACGACGCCUUCGAGGAGGAGACGGACGAGCGAACGCGUAUAUGGUCCACAGUGAUAUCCACGCCCAUGAGGGGCGGCAAGCAAGGUCGCUCAACCGAAGAUGUCUCCAUUCGCAUUCAGGAUCCCAAGGGCUACAACAAGUAUGCCGAGGACACAACCUCACGGGACAGCGAUUCACUCAUCCAGGAGUACGGAAACCUGCCCACGGAGGAGACCAACACAUACUGCUGGCGGCACCCAAAGGUGCGCGAAAACUGGCGCACAGUUCUGGCCGCGUUUACGCUCCUGGUCGUGGGCACGGGCCUGUUCGUCAUGGGCACGUUCGCCAUUGCCGAUCCGCAGAAUACGUCACAGGGAGUGGUGUUCUUCGUUGCAGGACUUAUCUGCUUUAUUCCCGGCGCCUAUCACGUCGUCUACAUUUGGCUGGCGGCCAAGGGAUAUCGAGGGUUUGACUUUUAUCACCUGCCGCUCUUCACAUAAGCGUACAGCUGCUGCCAAGUUCACUGGUUGAGCUGAAAAGCAGACAGGGGAUAGACAGGAAGGGAAAGAUUGCGAGGAAGGGAGGAGUGGGAUAGAUCCCUCGUCCUGUCUAUUAAUAUAAUCGAUAUGUUUGUUUAUAUAAAUGUUGUAUAAACAACAUAUUUUCUAUUUGUAAACGUAAUUAACCCCGAAACUCGAAACUCGGUUUUUGUGUAACGUACUUUUUGUGUUUAGCAACAAGAAAUUUCGUUUAGACAAACGCCAGCCCCCUCUCCCUUUAACCCGAAUCGAAAUUUAGCAAUAUAUAUAUUUAUACAUACGAUUAUAUAUCUAUAUAUAUUUUACAAUAUUUUCUUUUAUACACCCUCGGUAAGUGCAAAAGAACAUACGUACGUACUCGAAAUUUAUUUAAACAAAAUAGAGAAAAGAAAAACAAACGAAAGACUUUGUAUAUGAUGCUAACAUGUUGAGGGAGCGCCUAGAGUUAUGACAUACGUAUAUAUACUAAACAUAAAUGGUAAUUGUAAUUUAUUGAAAUUUAAUUGCACCAAAAAACGAAACGAAAAUGUUUUACGAUUUUCAAAACCAACUCAAAAAAAAAUAACACCCACGAAUCUAUGUAUAUGAUUAGUGAGCGUCUGUCCAUGGAUGCGCCUUAAAGAAAACCUAGAACUAGACUUUAUGAUAUAUAUUGUUAAACCUAAUCGAUUGUAACGAGAGAAAUCUCAAAAUACCAAGCUACUUAGUGAUGUAAGACGAUGCGCCGAUAUUGCAAUACGUUCUUUUUAUAGCUAUUGAUAGUGAUGACGCGUCUCUUUUCCACUGACCUAACCCCCAAACCCGAACCCAAACCGUCCUCUAAUGAAAUUACAUCUCAACAGUCAUCGCAUAUUUCUCACACACCUCAUCUGCCGAUUAGUUCUUAGUGUUUGUAUAAUUUCUUUUUUAAGAAAUGCUGAAUAUGGUUGUAUUAAAUGAAAAAAAAAA